UCAUAUGACGGGAGCGAGGUGAUCCUGUUCGGCUGGCUACGCGGCCCCACAGCGCCACAUGUUCUCGAAAUUGUUCACGUUCGGCUCGAAAAACGACGAACGAGACGUCCAACCAGAUCCGCCACCGCUUCCCCACCGCUGCAGCUGGGAGCCUCUGCAGUUCGAUUCGAGUCAGUUGCGCGUCAUUCUCUUGAAGGAGAGCAAAACGCAGGGACGACAAGUUUUGUUUGACAGUCUAGCAUGGGAUAAGCGUAAUAACAAGAUUUGUGCGGCAAGGAGGGACACUCCCGAGCCGGAUGACAAGAGGAGAGAUAGCUGUGGCAGCCGUAGAGGCAGCUCUUCGAUGAGAGGCUACAGUCGGUUGAAACAGUUGGGCGACAGUGAGAUGUUGGCCGAGAUGAUGUUCGGCAGUGUGGCGAUUGUGUCGCGUGGCUCGACCGUCAAAUUGCAUAGAUUGAAAGAUCCACCGCGGCUGCUGGUGACGAAGGUUUUCUCUCUACAACAGAAGCAGGGCUCUUUGGCUAUGUCGCCGAUCGAUUCAUCAUGUUCCACCUCAUCGCAAUCAUUUCCAGUCAACGUAAUGUCAUCAUCAUUCUAUCACAGUCAAAGCCUCCCAGCAUCUCCACGGGACAUUCCACGUCACAUUCCUGCCAUGAACAGUCAGUAUGACACUCCAGACUCGUUUGUAUCUGCUAGUCCUGGUGGGAUGCUUGUCUCACCGACCGGGAGUUUUCGUGCUCGACAGCGACACGGAAUGUUUGUUAGUCUGGAGUUUGCAACAUGUAGACAGUCGCAGGAGACGUUGUUCUCUCCGGUGGGAGAGAAACGAGGGAAGCUGGCGAUUGGAGCAUUGAUUAGUCUGCAGCCUGGAUGCUCUGACGAUGUAGAGCACAAGCAGAGGUUGCUUUUAGAUUUUUUCUUCAGUCAUUUUGUGCUAGUCGAGAGUCAUAUUGAGCAACUAAGGGAGGACAUUGAGACGGUACUCGACAAUCCGCAGAAAUACAUUACUGAGCAAUUUGCCGAGGUUGUCUCCUCUUUCAAGUCAGUCGUUGUCAAUCUUGCUCAGUCGUUACGUCUGCACUCUCCCAUCUGGCUUUCGCUCAUGAAGUCGACCAUUCCUCGUAAGGCAACGUGUAAACGUCUCAUUGAUAUGCUCAAUCAUGCCGUAACACACUACAACACACCGGACAAGAAGCAAUUUCUGACUGGCUUACUAACUGCUGUGCUGUCGUACCAUCUGGGAUGGGUCAGUACCGUCGUGCCGUCACAAUCAAACACUGACAAUUCAUAUCUCAACAAACACGCUUCGAAUUCGUAUACAACGCUUGCUCAGAGUCAUCCGUAUAAUCCAUUGUGGGCACAGCUUGCGGAUCUUCACGGAGCCAUCGGAUCACCCCUACACACAGCACACACGGUCAUAGUCGGGCGCAAGGGAGCAAUCGUCUACCAACUUCUCUACAUCCUCAGCUACUUCAUUCGCUGCACGCACAUCAUCGAAUUUGACUCGUCACUCGAGUCAUACUGGCACCUCGAUGCGAACGAAACCGACAGCAGCGUCACGUCGAUGGAAGAGACGACGAUCGAUAACGAAUUUCAGAGUCCUCUAACGGCGUCCGUGUCCGUUCCACGUCAUAAAUUAGAGUGUAUGGUGACGAGUAUGUCGUCGCCCGAUGUCACUGGGUUGGGUGAUGACAUCUCGACGAUGUCGAAGGCGUGUUUGUCGCGGAGUCUGAGGACGGACGUUGGACGGGAGAGUAAGCUUAUAGAGUUGGAAGGGAGGGGUAACAAGGAUAGUGUGUUCUCGUUGGACAGCGGGCUGGGAACGGAGGAGAACGGAGUGACGGUAAAGAAACGAUUGAAUGGGGAUGAUGUCGGACAUCACGUGUCCGCGUUGGCGGAUUCGUUGAAGAGGACGGAGAUGAUGGGGACGGAUGCUAUUCAGCUGGCUGAGAGGUUUAGUGAACUUGAGGAGGUUGUGAUGCCGAGAUAUAGUCGGACGGAAGAAGUGGACGAGUCUGAGAAACAAGAUACUGUGGCCGCAUUCCAAUGGAGUCUUUCUGAGUCGAUGUUUGGUGGCUAUGCAGGUCAAUACUAUCCGAAUUUUGUGCUUCAAGGAACUCCUGAGGAGCUGAACGACUUCAUGCCGAGACUCAAUCAAGACUUGCAGCUACAACUCAAUCACCAUGGUAUGGACGAGUUUAUCGACGAGGCGGUUUGCAUUGUUGCCGAUACGGAGCGGUGGACAUGUGACAUUGUCUCGUUGACUAGCCAGAGAAGAAACGCAAGGCAGCAACAACGAGAGCCGUGUGCGAAUAUCAGACGAGCAGCGAAGUCGGCACUCGUGCAGUCAUUGCUGGACACGCUGCAUGAGAUGCACCAUCACAAUAUGCCCGACGAAUUUUGCAUGAUGCAGCUUGAAGAUAAACUCCAAGAAAUUUACUACAAAAGUCAAGUUUUAAGUGAACAUUAUCGAUCUCUUUUAACGUAUGAAAUUUCAGAUGCAAAGUUAGCGGCGGCUAUCGGCAUCAAUCCUACUGACCUUCCUCUUCUUCAAUCCGUCGCUCGGACGCAUCCACUUUUUCCACCCAACCCAGAUUUCAGAUGAAUUUCAACCCAACUCAUUUCCAGUCACACAGGCUGCCUGCAUACGUGGAUUUUAAUGAAAUUUUGGUCGCCACGAGUUACGACGACACAAAGUCCUGAUCACAAAGUGAUUGUUGAUAUUACCAACUUGUACAUAUAUACAUAACCGUGUAUAUUAUAUCCUUGCUUGUCAUAUUUAUGAGCUGCUUGCUGAACUAUGAAAUUUUAUGGCCAUCUAGUGG